GAAUCGCAGGAAAAAGAGUGGCGGGGGAGAGAGCAGAGCGCGAUAGCGUGUGCGGUCACGUGUGUCAGCGCGGGGGAGGGGCGCGAGCUGUGCGUCGUGACUCGAGGGCGCAGCAGCCUUUUUUUCCUCUGCACUCGAGUACCAACACCAAAAGGAUACCUACCCUACCAGCCUAACCCAGAACGAUAAGACAAUUACAGAAUGUUAAUUAAUUCUUAACCAACUUUAAUUAAAUUAAUCCCCUCAAGUCAACGUUAAUUAGGAGCGAAAGCAUUAAGAAAGUCCUUCGUCGACUAAGUAAAAGCUACUGUGAGGGGCACUGAGCGCUUGGAACUGAUUCCGCUGUUAGCAAAUGGCUUUAACCUUAAUUAAUUUAUUUAUUUGCCUCGCAAGUCAAAACUUUAGUGCAUUUGCGCUGGGUAAAGCACGCUUAAUGACUUGCUCGCUUUAUUAAGGAGAAUGUUCGAGAAGACAGAACAUUACUGUGUUAAAUAAAGGAGACAAAUGCCAUGGCAGGUACGUCGACAAGGACAUCCUUUAUCGUUUACUUAAUUUAUUCUAGAAUCUUGGUCCGUCUUCAACUUAUAUAUUUAUAUCGGGAUUUUAAAAAUAAUAUAUUAUUGCAAUAGCAUAAAAGCUAUUAUAAUAGAGUAUAUUACAACAGUAGGAAUAUCAUUUUCGUCAAUUUAAAAUAAUUUUAGUUAAAUUAAUAAAGAAUAUUCUUUUGGACAAAAAUAAUAAUAAAGGAUUGGGCUUAACACUGAAGAAUCAACCCGAUGGGCCGGUCACGUGAUGAACAAACCAUCGCAGUCAUGCUUUUCUGAGGCAAAUCCUACGGUCACCGUCAUUUCAAGGAUGUACACGAAUCUCGACUCAUCAUCGUGGAGAGGCAAAUCCGGCGGCGUCGUCGUCGUCGCUUGCAUCAUGGGCGAGUACGCCGUCGUCGGAGUCCCAUAAGGAUUUUGACAUCGAAUCUCAGAGGAAUAUCUGCUCGAACCAUCGGAUUGGAGUUUCUGAAGUCAGGAAGAGUGUAAAGAGUUUCCUUCGCCGCUAAAGUGUUCGACGCAAUGCCCCAGUGAGGCGGUAGUCCUUUUUCUUCUCCUGCCAAUACGGUGCUGCAUCCUUCUACUUGUCUUUAUUCAAGCGUUCUCUUCUGGCACUGCUCGAUGUUUACUUUUUUUUUUCAAUGACAUUAAAGUAACUGAUCUUUUCCGCCAUCCUCUGUAUCCUCCGCAAAGACGACGACAACCGUACCACCCUCGUCGCCAUCUCUGCUCACCGGCCGCGCAUCUUCGUUGCGGCUACCUUUAGUUGUUGUCUCUCAUCUUCGCAGCGCAGGGAUGCCUUUGCUGUCAGACGUACGCCUUCAUUUGCUGUCGAGUCAGACCUGCAGCCAUAGUGUACGACACAUUGCCUACAUGACCGCCUUAUUCAAAUUUCAAAUUAGUUUUGGAUAUUUUUAAUAUUAAAUAUAUAAUAAAAUAAUAUUUUAUUUUUUUAAAAAAAUAGCAUGAAUGUUCAUGAUGGCAAAAUGAGGUGCCAUUUUUAUUUUUAUAUCUGAUAAUUUCAAGCAAUUACCAAUGCGCCCUACAUUUCUGACCCAAGUCCUUCAAAGCAUCGGCCUGACCAAUCCAUAUGCCGGUAGGAAAUUGGGUUCAUAUUAAAUGACAAAAAAUUCUCGAAGGUAAAUCCAUUUCCAACGUGUUCCAGCUUCGAUAUCCGAUAAAAAAUUAUUAUUAAUGUUUUGAACUCGGACGCGUACCAAACCGUUCGGCAUGCAGUUGGUCCCAUAUUGUUCUCCAUUUAGAAAGUUCGGUAUGCAAUUGGGUUAGUAAAUUUGAUUGUCGCGGCGUCCCAUCCGCCGUGACAUCGGACGACCAAGCUCCAUCUUGUUGUCAGUCGCUUCUCGGGCCCAGUCGCGGAAGACGACGGCGGAGGCUCUUCUCGCACCUCUCGCUUUCUCGAUUCAAAUCUGGUGGCUUGGGAGGGAGAAUUCCAGCUCCAAAAGAAAGAACUACGGCAUUGGAUUCUCGUUCCUUCAGCGCGCGUUUUCAAUUUUUGUUCUGCUCCGAUUCCGCCGUACUCUCCUGAAGAGGAACCCGAGGAGGAAGAGGGAGGAGAUCCGCGAGUUGGGUAAGAGUAUCGGCUGGGAAAAAACAAAUGGGGGUUUCAGAUAACACCAAGGGCUUCAUUCUCGCACUUGUCUCGAGCGCCUUCAUCGGAUCCAGCUUCAUAUUGAAGAAGAAGGGGCUCAAGCGGGCAGGAAAAUCUGGCGUCCGAGCAGGAGUUGGUGGAUAUACUUACUUACUAGAACCGCUAUGGUGGAUUGGAAUGAUCACAAUGCUCCUUGGUGAGGUUGCAAAUUUUGUGGCUUAUGUUUUUGCUCCAGCUGCUUUAGUUACUCCUUUGGGGGCAUUAAGCAUAAUAGUCAGUGCUGUAUUGGCACACUUGAUGCUGAAGGAACAAUUACAGACAAUGGGCAUUUUGGGUUGUAUAUCUUGUGUUGUUGGUUCUGUUGUCAUUGUGAUUCAUGCACCUCAGGAACAAUCCCCAAGUUCUGUAGAAGAAAUUUGGAAGCUAGCCACUCAACCUGCAUUUAUAGUUUAUGCUGCAGCUACAUUAUUCGUAGUAUUAGCAUUGGUAUUAUAUUUUGAACCCCUAUAUGGGCAAACAAACAUAUUGAUUUAUUUGGGCAUCUGUUCCUUAAUGGGAUCGCUAACGGUUGUUAGCGUAAAAGCCAUUGGAGUUGCUAUCAGACUUACAUUAGAGGGGACAAGUCAGGUUACAUAUUACCAAACCUGGCUUUUUGCCACAAUUGCCCUUGUUUGUGUCAUCUCUCAAUUGAAUUACUUAAAUAAGGCACUGGACACUUUCAAUACAGCAAUUGUGUCACCAAUUUACUAUGUCAUGUUUACCACUCUCACAAUAGUUGCAAGUGCAAUAAUGUUCAAGGAUUGGUCCGGCCAAGAUAUCAACAGUAUAGCUUCAGAAUUGUGUGGGUUUAUUACAGUUAUUUCUGGGACUAUCUUAUUGCACUCAACCAAAGAACCCGAUGUGUCUCCUCCAACAGGUUCAAUAUCUUGGUACAUUGGUAGAGGCAGUGGUGGUGAUCCCAUGAAGAAUAUCGACGAUGAUCAUUUCAUCAUCUUGCAAAGUUCCGAUUGAUCAUGUCCGAGUCGAGUUAAGUUCCACUCAGAAGGUAUAUUUCAGAUACCAUCUUGCUCAACAGAGGCUGUAUAUUUUUUUUAUUCAAUUUUUUUUUUUUUUGAAAUAUCUUUGUUUCUCACAGUAUGACCUUAAUUGAGACAUGCAAGUUUAAGAGGUUAGAAACUAGGCAGUUGGAGGUUGCCUCUACCUCAGUGAAUAGGUGAAUGCAAGUCUAGAGAUCUAUUUUUCUUCUUCAAAAUAAGACAUGAUAACAAAAUGUAUGGCCAAUAAUUUUUUUUUUUAAGAAAAAAUAGAAUCAUAAAACUUAGAAAA